AUGGCUGAUGGUGCUGAUACAAGUAAUGAAAAGGAACUAUGGAAAUUGAAAAUAGCAGCUCUGGAAGCAGAACGACUUCUUGAAAAGGAAAAAGCAAAACGUGAAGUAGCAGUUGAAAAAGAAAAAACAAAACGUAAAGUAGCAGUUGAAAAAGAAAAAACAAAACGUGAAGUAGCAGUUGAAAAAGAAAAAACAAAACGUGAAAAAGAAAUUGAAAAAGAAAGAGAAAUAACAAAACGAAUGAAAAUAGAACAUCAAGUAUCUUCAUCAUCAAUCAAUAAUCUUGCAAAAUUAAUAUCAGACCAUGAUGAUUUUUUUAAUAUAAUUAUAAGAAAUGUUCAGUCGUUGGAUAUUAACAAAGAACUAAAUGAUAAUGUUUGUUUAAAUGGUAAUGUUUAUUUAAAUGAAAGUACAAUAAAAAUCAUUCGAGAUUAUCACAAUAAGGUUUCAUUCAUGCUGGAGAUAAACGAAUCGGGCUUGCAAGUGGCAUUGAAUACAUUAAUAUUAGAUUUAUUAAAUUCAUUUAAUGAUUGUACAUUAUUGAAAUAUCUCGAUACACAUAAGUUAAUGUGUAUCAAUGAAAAAUUUCGUCCUGAUUGUUGUUUUUUAUAUAAAAAUGUUAAUAUCAAUAUUAAUACAGGACGUCAAUUUCUACAAGAUUUUAUGGUUUGUGUUGGUGAAUUUAAGAAAUCUAAUAAUUCGCCAACAGGAUCAAGUGGACAAAUACUUCACUAUUUACAUUUAUUGUUAGAUGUACAAAAAAAUCGUAACAAGAUUUAUGGUUUUUUCGUUAAUAAUGAACAAAUAAAAUUUGUCUGUGUUAAAAAAGGAUCUGAACCGGAUUCAUAUGAUUAUUAUCAAAGUCAAAAUUUAUAUUUGUUUGGUGGUUAUUCUAAAGAAUCUGUUGAUAUGAACAUAACAGAUGAAGAAUGGAAAAAUAAAUAUUUAAAUGAAGUUACCUGGAGUAUAUUUAUAAACUUUUUAACAAUGAAUGAAAAAUUUUAUGAAUAUACAACAUUAAAUAUAGAUCCUUAUGAUAAUUUUCUUGUUAAUGAAUAUGAUAUAGAAAGUAAAUUGGGAAAUGGUUUAACUUCAAUGGUUUAUUUAUUAGUAAAAAAUGCAAAUAAUUCUUUAAAUGAUAUAAAACCAUGUGUUAUAAAAAUAUGUAAAGAUAUUUCAUAUGAAAAAUAUUUUCAAAAUGAAGUUCAAAGAACAAACGAAUUAAAACAAUUGAAUGGUUUAGAAAAAUUUAAUUUAUUUUUUCAAGAUAUUCUAAAUUUUUCACCUAAAGGUCGAUUUAUAAUAUUUGAAAGUCAAUUAAAACGUAUCAAAUCACUAAAAUUAACUCACUUGAAACAACUUAUUGGUAUAAUUCAAUGUUUAUAUGAAUCUAAUAUUGUACAUCGUGAUAUACGUCCACAAAAUUUGAUGUUAGAUUCUAAUGGAAUUUGUUUGAAAUUAAUUGACUUUGGUUUUGCCAUUAAAUAUGAAACGGCAAUAGAAUCAUCCAUUUCUGGAACAAUUACAUAUGCUAGUCAAGAAUUAUUAACAUGUUAUCUUAAAUCAUUUUCGACUGAACCAUAUGCAAGAUCUUAUCAUUAUAAACGAACAUUUGAUUGGACAUGUGCAUUAAAUGUUAUAAUAUAUAUGGUUUAUAAUAAUGUCAAACAUCAGUUGAAUGCUAUUGAAGAAUUGCCAGAGACUUGUCUUAAAGUAGAGUGGUCGUUGGAAUUGUGGAAAAAUAUUGAAAAGAAAAAUAAAAUUUAUUCUGAUUUAUUAAAUUUAAUAAACAAGUUAAAUGAAUCACCUGAUUUUGAUGGUUUCAAAGAUAAAAUAGAAAAACUUAUCCUUAUUAAAACAAUAAAGAUAUAA